AUGAUAAAUGGCAAAGCAGUUGCCUCAGACAGUAUACCAGUAGAGGUUUGGAAGUGUCUAGGAAAAACUGGAGUGGAGUAUCUGACGCGUGAAUUUAACAUCAUGAACAUAGAGAGGAUACCAGAGCAAUGGCGGAUAAGCACAAACAUACCAAUAUUCAAGAAUAAGGGGGAUAUCCUGGCCUGUGGAAACUUCAGAGGCAUCAAGCUUAUGUGUCAUAGCAUGAAGAUAUAUGAAAGGAUACAUGAUAAGUGCCUAAGGGGUAUUGUGGAGAUAAGCAACGAACAGUUUGCAUUCAUGAAAAACAAAUCUAUAACAGAUGCCAUCUUUGUUUUGCGCCAGUUACAAGAGAAGUUUGUUGAAUGCGAGGAAGACCUGCACCAGUGUUCAUAG